AUGAUUUGUACCUUUUUACGAGCUGUACAGUGUGCGGAGAAGCUGCGCAGGUCCUCCGGGAAGCGGCUGUUUCUGCCACACUUAGUGCUUAACAAAGCUUGCUUGAAGACUGCGCCCGCUUUGAGCUGGGGUCUGCGAGAGCCAAAGAAAACGGUGCGCCCUAAAUGUGCCCCUGACGUCACCCAGAAAACCAUCUGGACGCAGGGGCAGAGCCCCCCGAGAGCAAAAGAGGACAGCAGCAAGCAGGUGUCUGUGCACAGAGAGACCGGGGAGACCAUCGUCUCAACGUCACAGAAAGUGAAGGAAGCUGGGAGAGAUUUUACCUACCUGGUGGUGGUUCUUAUUGGAAUCGGCAUCACAGGUGGCCUGUUUUACACGAUUUUCAGAGAACUGUUUUCUUCGUCCAGUCCUAAUAAGAUCUAUGGGAAAGCCUUAGAAAAAUGCAGAUCACAUCCAGAGGUGAUCAGUGUCUUUGGUGAGCCGGUGAAGGGCUACGGGGAGGCGACCCGCCGCGGGCGAAGGCAGCACGUCAGUUUCAUUGAGUACGUCAAGGAUGGGCUGAAACACAUGCGUGUGAAGUUCUACAUCCAAGGCUCCGAGCCUGGGAAGCAAGGAACAGUGCAUCUCGAAGUGAAAGAGAACCCAGAAAGUGGCGAAUAUGAAUUUCGAUACAUAUUUGUUGAACUUGAGUCCUUCCCUGGAAGAACUAUUGUCAUCGAAGACAAUCGAUCCUGAGGGGAUCGCGGGACUCAGGCACGCGCGGCUUCUGGGGGGGGGAUGUGGAACCCCGCACACCCGCAGGCUGGUCUCCCCGCUCUCCUCCCGAGUCUGCAGAGUAAGACAGGAAAGAACACACGGCUCAUAAAAGUGAGUGUAAGGGUAGUAAUUGCAUUUAGACACACUGAAGUGGCGAUUUUCCUAUAGACGGCAAAAUCAUGAAAUGGAACGUAUUUUGCGUUCUCUCUGAAUCAAUCGUGGACAGUGUUUCUGCUCUAGUGAACAUCAUCUUUCACGAUAAGAGAUUUUUGUUAUUAAAUGCUUUAUACCAUGUA